AUGAGUAAUGAAGAAAAGAGUUAAUAAAAUGAAUAACCAUAAAAAAGGUAAAGAAGACCAAGAUAACAUACUAAUGAAGAAGAAUCUAAUUAAUUUUGGAAAAAUAAUUAAUAUUUUACUUAAGGUUAAAUUGAUGAUGAUGAUGAUGAUGAUUCAGAGGAAUAUUAUCCAUAAUAAUCAUCAUCUGUAUCUGAAGAAAUUUCACAUGAAAAUGAUGCAUGUGACUAUAUAGAUUCUUUGGAUUAAUGGUAAGAUUGUUCAGAUUCAAAAGAGUAAUUAAAAUAGUAGUAAGAAUCACCAUCCAAAAGUAUUAUAAAACUUAUGAGAAAAAAUUUAGAGUAAUUCUCUACUAUGAGAGGAUUGCAUACAUAAGUUGAUAUAGCUACAUUAUCUAGACUAGGUGAAACAUCUUAUGUUUAUUAUAAUGAAGAAUAGAAAUUUAAAAAUGAAUUUUAAGAUGUUUUAAAUAGAUAUUACAAAUCUAUUCCCUAUUCUAAGUAACGUAGAGGUGAUGAUGAUCAAAUUAAAUGUAAAACAGAAUUUCAUGGUGAUUUAUUUGAUUUCGAAGAUAAAAGAUAUUUUAUUGAUAGUGAAAUUUAAUAAUUGUAAAGAAUAUUGAAAUUAUACAAAACACAAAAGUUUGAUUCUUAUCUUGCUUAUAGAAAAUUAACAAGAGAUUAAAAUUUAGACUUUGAAUAAUCAAUUAAAAAAUAAUUAGAAUUAUUAAGAUAAAAGAAAAAAUAGAUAGAAGCUUAAUUAGAAGAAGAAAAAAGAUGUUUCUAUUUAUCUAUAGAUUAAUAAUACAUUUUAAAAUUAAAAGAAUACACUAAAUGUUUGACUCCUAGAUAUAUUCAAAGUUAAAGUAAUUUAAAAUAUGAUUAAAUGUUAUAAAAUGAGAAUCUAUCCUUCUAAAUAUAUCCAUAUGAAAAAUAACCUUAAUGGCUCCUUUAAUAUCAAGAAACAUUUAAUAUCUUUAAAAAGAAAUUUUAAUAACUUUAAGCACCUCUCUAUUUUUAUAGUUUUCAAGAUGCAAAUGCUUUAAAGAUAGCUUCUCAUUUUAUUUUGAAAUCUAUAAAAUAAUUGGAAGAAGUAUCCAAAAAUAAAUUAAUUGCAAAAAUAUUUAUUGAUUUAAUAAAUGCUCUCUUUAAUAUUGAUAUUCCUGAAGUAGAUCUUCUAUUCAAUACUGAACUUUUAAAUGAAGAAAUUAUAAAUAUAUUAACUUCCUAAGAAAAAUAAAUACAAUUUGAUUAGCCAGAAUAAUAUAAGCCAUUUCCAACACCUGAUGAUCCAGGAGAUGAAACAAAAACUAAAUUAAAGUUUUAUCCAAAUUUUAAAACUGAGGAAUAUGCACUUUAUGGAAGACCUGUAUUUGAAUUUUCAAUGAGAUUUUUGUAUGAAAUUUAUUUCAGAAUAUAAAGAAUAACCUAAAUAUCUACUAAAAUAACUUAUAAAAAUAAAGAAUAUGUAAUUGGUAAUUUAAUAAUGGAAUGUUGUUAUAAGUAUUUAGAAGAUGAAAUUUCAUAUGCAGCUUGGCUUACAAUUUGUAAAUCAAUAUUUAAUGAAAAGGAUUCUAUUGAAAUAUAAUCUCUAAUUUAAUUUGUGUAAAUGUUUCGAAGAUUAUUUUAUUAAUAUGAUGAAUGGACAAUAGAAUUAUUAAUAAAUUGGAUUUAUAAAAUAUUAGGGGAUGAUAGUAAAAUUUUGAAUGAUGAUGUUUAAAUAUCAAAUAUUAGUAUACAAGAUAUCUUAUUAAAAUUAAAAAAUAAUUCAGAAUUAUCAAAUGCAAAGAUGGCAAGAAUAUAGACAGUAGAUGGUUUGAUGAUCAUUCAUGUAUUUGAAUUUACAUAAUUAUAUUGA